AUGGGUUAUGCGGCGUAUGCAGUCACGACAGGAUUAGAGGUCGGCGUGUUUGAUGCAGACGAUUGGCCACUCGCGGCCCAUUAUGUGCACGACAUCCCUCAGGGCGCAAGAGCUGUAUGGAAGGGCUAUCAAACCCGAGCCCGCGCCCAAUCAACCUUUGAUCAAAUGCUCCAAGCCGGUCUGGUUAGACUGAUAGAUCCUACGACGGGCAGGACGACAGUUGUGAAUCAUCGUGCUGCCCGGUUCAGACAGGCAUCGGCUCCUCCAGCGGUGUUGUCUCCUACAGGGCGCCUUACUCCUCCGCCUACCCCGAUCAUCCACAGCACAUCUGCACCCCUACCCCGUCGUACUCGUCGCGAGCGCCUGGCACAAACCGGCGGUCGUGAGAACCCAUCACGCGUGACUGCAGCGCCUACGGCGGGCUCUGUCUCGACAAGUUCCUCUCCGCCGACUGGUGUCACGCAACUGAAUCGAGACGACUUCUCCGACGAAAGUCCGCGUAGACCUCUUGCAUCCGUCUCGAAUAUACGGAAUACGCGAAAAGACGCCCGCACGCCUCAAAGGCAAAGGACUACACCAUCGCAUGGCGUACCGCCUCCACCACUUUCUCCAUCUGACUCUGUUUCGUCUGAGUAUGCAUUCUCAAGUCCUCACACCAAUGCCUCCACACAGUUCGGCCCUCCCAUACGUCGUGGAAGGGACGUGGCAGUACCAGCAUCGCCUACGCCGAUGGGGCGGGAUGAACCACCCUCGGAUCGCAGAAAAAGGCGGGGCGCAGAGCGAUCUUUUCGCCGUGCGUAUUUCUUCACGGACGACGAGGGAAACAACAUCUUCACAAGUGCAAUCUACUCGGAGCCGCUCGAACCGCCGAAUGGCGGCUUCUCCGCGAAUAAGGCGCGAUCAGGCAUCGACACGCGUGCCGUCAAGAUCAUCCUUGACAUUCAGCAUGCCAAUUCCUGA